CUGGCGCGAAAUUCUUUAACCAUAAAGUUCUUAUUCAAGUUAACGGAAAGGUUGUGCUACCGUGCAUACCUUCAUAAACAAAAUAAGUUUUUUCAUUACAACACAAUAACAGUUCGCAAAAAUGUCAUCGCCGAGAGCACCGAGAACUCCUCGUCGGAAUCAACCGGAGACUCCAACCAGACGUUCAUCAAGAAAUGCCGGCGGUCAAACUCCUAGAAGGAACCCUCCAAGUACGCCUAGACGUACACCAGCUAAGAACUCUGAUGAUAUUACGACACCUAUGAAAUGGGGUAAAGGGAAGCAAUCACAGGAGAGUUCUUCUGAUGUUGCACCAACAUCUCCAGCACAGAGUAUUAUAGCAACAAGUCCUGCUGCUGGUUUAGGUAUGAGUGAGAUUGAUUUGAGCUCUCCAUUAAAUUAUGGAACACCUAGUUCAUUGGGAUCUGUGAGAACACCAAAAUCUGGAAUUAAAGGCACUCCUAUUCGCAUGAGACCUGAUGUCAGGAUUGACAAGCGUAUCAGACAGGUCAAUGUUGGUUCAGAUGCUUUAGAAGCAAUCCCAGAAUGUUCACAAGAGUCGGAAUCUGCGGCUCCUCAUCUGGUCAUUUGGGGUACGAAUGUGUCAGUGGAACAAUGCAAGGAGAAAUUCAAGCAGUUCAUCUUGAGGUACAUAGAUCCGAAUGCGGAGGAAGAUGAAGUCACCGAAGGCAUGAACGUUAACGAGCCUCUAUACUUGCAAAAAAUGGAAGAAAUUCACACACUCGAAGAACCAUUUUUGAACGUAAAUUGUUCGCAUUUGGAGACUUUCGAUGAAAGGCUCUACAGACAACUGAUUUGUUAUCCGCAAGAAGUUAUUCCGACAUUUGAUAUGACGGUCAACGAGAUGUUCUACGAAAGGUAUCCAGCUGCUGUAUUGGAUCACCAAAUUCAAGUCAGGCCUUUCAACGCCGAGAAAACGAAGAACAUGCGUUCUUUGAAUCCAGAAGACAUUGAUCAAUUGAUUACGAUCAGUGGAAUGGUUAUUAGAAGUUCAAAUAUUAUGCCUGAGAUGAGAGAAGCUUUCUUCAAAUGUAUAGUGUGCUCGUUCAGCACUGCUAUCGAAAUCGACCGAGGACGAAUUGCUGAGCCUACAUUGUGCACAAAUUGUAAUACCAAUCACUGCUUCUCAUUGGUACAUAACCGGUCCCAAUUCACCGAUAAACAAAUGAUUAAAUUGCAGGAGUCUCCAGAUGAUAUGCCUGCUGGUCAGACACCUCACACUGUAGUUUUGUUUGCCCACAAUGACCUGGUGGACUGCGUUCAACCUGGUGACAGGGUAACCGUCACUGGAAUUUAUCGCGCUCAACCACUACAAGUCAACCCAAAAAUGAGAAAUGUUAAAUCUGUAUAUAAGACGCACAUAGAUGUCCUACACUUUAGGAAAAUCGACUCGAAACGUCUCUAUGAAGAAGAAGCAGGAAAAGACCACCGUUUCCCCCCAGAACGUGUCGAGCUGCUUCAAAUUCUUUCUCAAAAACCGGAUGUCUACGAUCGUUUGGCCAGAGCAUUGGCUCCAUCGAUUUAUGAAAACGAUGAUGUUAAGAAGGGAAUUUUGUUGCAACUUUUUGGAGGUACCAAGAAAACUUUCGUUACUUCCGGCAGAACGAACUUUAGGGCUGAAAUCAAUAUACUGUUGUGCGGUGAUCCAGGAACGUCUAAAUCGCAACUCUUGCAAUACGUUUACAAUUUGGUACCUAGAAGUCAAUAUACUUCUGGUAAAGGUUCUUCGGCCGUGGGUUUGACAGCGUAUGUUACCAAGGACUCCGAAACCAGGCAAUUAGUUUUACAAACUGGUGCCUUAGUACUUGCUGAUAACGGAAUCUGUUGCAUCGAUGAAUUCGAUAAGAUGAACGAUGCUACCAGAAGUGUUUUACACGAGGUAAUGGAACAACAAACGUUAAGUAUUGCUAAAGCUGGUAUCAUUUGCCAAUUAAAUGCCCGCACUUCUAUUCUUGCCGCCGCAAACCCCUCCGAGUCUCAAUGGAACAAAAACAAAACUAUAAUUGAAAACGUGCAAUUGCCACAUACAUUACUAUCCAGAUUCGACUUAAUUUUCUUAAUCUUGGAUCCGCAAAAUGAGUUAUUUGAUAGGCGUCUUGCUAAGCAUUUGGUUUCUCUGUACUAUAAGAGUAGGCAAGAGGAAGACGACGAAAUUUUGGAUAUGUCGAUUCUACGUGAUUAUCUAGCAUACGCCAAAGAACACAUACAUCCUAAGUUGAGCGAAGAGAGUUCACAAAAAUUGAUCCAAUGUUACGUGGAUAUGAGGAAAAUUGGAUCGGGCAGAGGACAGAUUUCUGCCUAUCCCAGACAGUUGGAAUCCUUGAUCCGUCUUGCAGAAGCCCACGCGAAAGUGCGUUUCUCUGAAGUGGUAGAAAUUCACGAUGUGGAAGAAGCUUACAGGUUGCACAGGGAAGCUCUGAAACAGUCUGCCACGGAUCCACUUUCUGGUAAGAUCGAUGUAGGAAUCUUGACCACUGGUUUGAGUAGUGCCGCGAGGAAACGUCGUGCGGAAUUAGUGCAGAUCGUCAAGAAACUGAUUGAAACCAAAGGAAAAGUACCAACUCUCAAUUAUCAAAAGCUCUUGACGGAACUAAAAGAGAAUUCGGCUACACUUAUUACCAGAGAACAAUAUGAAGAUGCCCUCAAGGAUUUACAAGAUGAUGGUGUUAUAGUAGUUAUGGGAAAAACCUCCAUCCGCAUUUGUAACAACCGUGAUUAAUGUUAUUUUUAUACUUAUAUGAAGGUCUAUUGACUGCAGGCUUUCGGUCGUUAUUUUUAUAUUAUUCAAUAAAAGUGUACUGAUUAACUUGUAAAAUGUUCCAAAUAAAAUUUUUACUUUUUCAUAUUUUAA